AUCCAGUCCAAGAGAGAUUAGGAAGCAGAGUAAAUGAGAGAGGGAGAAAGACAAAGGAUAUUUAAUAAGGAGACACAUGACAAGAACACAAGAAGACAGUCAAGAAAGAUUCUCAUUUAUCUUGUAGAGAGAGAGAUAUGGGGGUAACAGCAGUUGUUGGUAUGUGCCUGUUGUGGGUAUGUGCCUCAGCCCUGGGGCAGAGUGGUGGUAGGAUAGAGACUAGUGGUAGUCGUGGUGGUAGUAUAGAGACUAGGGGUGGUAGUAUAGAGACUAGUGGUAGUAUAGAGACUAGGGGCGGUAGUAUAGAGACUGGUGGUAGUAUAGAGACUGGCGGUAGUAUAGAGACUGGUGGUGGUAUAGAGACUGGCGGUAGUAUAGAUACUAGUGGUGGUAGUAUAGAGACUGGUGGUAGUACAGAGACUGGUGGUAGUAUAGAGACUAGUGGUGGUAGUAUAGAGACUAGUGGUGGUAGUAUAGAGACUGAUGGUAGUAUAGAGACUAGUGGUGGUAGUAUAGCGACUAGUGGUGGUAGUAUAGAGACUGGUGGUAGUAUAGAGACUAGUGGUGGUAGUAUAGAGACUGGUGGUAGUAUAGAGACUGGUGGUAGUAUAGAGACUGGUGGUAGUAUAGAGACUGGUGGUAGUAUAGAGACUGGUGGUAGUACAGAGACUGGUGGUAGUAUAGAGACUAGUGGUGGUAGUAUAGAGACUAGUGGUGGUAGUAUAGAGAAUGGUUCACCUGGUAGAGCAGACCAUUUAACUGGUGAUACUAGUGUAACUAGUGAUGACACUAGUAGCCCUGAGAUUGUAAUUGGUCAAACCGUUGAUACUGGUAAUGAUGUAACUGGCGUCGGUGCUCCGACUGGUUCCGUGGGCCGUCUGCUGGUAGUACCGAUGGACGGAAGCCACUGGGUGGGGGUUAAGGCCAUCGCCGAGGAGAUGGGUCGCCGUGGACACCAGGUUACCGUGGUGAUCCCCGAGGUGAGCAUGCGUCUGGGCCCCAGCAGCAACUGCAGGACUGUGUCAUAUCCUGUCCCCUACGGCCAGGAGACAGUGGACAUGCUGAUGGACAAGCAUGCAGAUAACCUGCGUGCUGCCACACUGCCCCUAGUGGAGCGGAUGACUCAACGCAUGGCUAAUAUCCAGAAUGUCAGCUCCUUCAUACUGACUACUGCUGAGAGUCUGCUGUUCAACACCACACUAAUCACAUCUCUGGAACAGCAGGGUUUUGAUGCGGUGUUGACCGACCCGCUGGUCCCUACAGGCAUUCUGAUAGCCAGGCGUCUGGGCAUUCCGUCUGUGUGUCUGCUCAGAGGGAUCCCCUGUGGUCUGGACCUGGCCUCAGCCGCCUGCCCCUCUCCUCCAUCUUACGUUCCACGCUUCUUCACCAAAUACACACAUAGCAUGAGCUUUCCACAAAGGGUGGGCAAUGUACUGGUGAGUCUGGUGGAGCCGUUGCUAUGCCGACUGCUGUACUUGCGCUUCGACCAGCUGGCCAAUCGCUUCCUGGGAGAGGAUGUGGGUGUGGCCGAGGUACUGGCAGACACCGCCCUCUGGUUGCUAAGGUAUGACUUUACGCUGGAGUUUCCUCGCCCCCUCAUGCCUAAUAUGGUGCUGGUGGGAGGGAUCAACUGCCAUGUCAGGAACCCUCUGCCACAGGAGCUGGAGCAGUGGGUGUCAGGGGAACAUGGCUUCAUGGUGUUCUCUCUGGGCUCCAUGGUGGCGUCUCUACCAGAAGACAUCACUCACAUCUUCCUACAGGCCUUCACCCUCAUACCACAGAAGGUCCUGUGGCGGUACUCUGGGCCUGUUCCUGGCAACGUUCCAGACAACGUGAAGAUGAUGAAGUGGAUCCCUCAGAAUGAUCUGCUGGCUCACCAUGGUGCACGGGCCUUCCUGACCCACAGCGGGACCCAUGGUCUGUACGAGGGGGUGUGUCACGCCGUUCCCAUGGUGAUGCUGCCACUGUUUGGCGACCAACCUGACAAUGCUCAGCGAUUGGCCAGUAAGGGAGUAGGCGUGGUCCUGGAUAUUAACCAUAUCACAGUGGAAACACUGCUACAGGCGCUGGACGAGGUUGUCAACAACCCCAGGUAUAAGUCCAGUGUGCUGAAGCUCUCAGCCAUUCACAAGGACCAACCAGUGGACCCCCUGGAGCUCUCUGCCUAUUGGACAGAGUUUGUGAUGCGCCACAAAGGGGCGGGCCACCUGAGAGCCGCCGCCCAAGACCUCAACUGGUUCCAGUACCACAGCUUGGAUGUGAUUGGCCUGUUGAUCGUCGCGGCGACGGCCGUUGUCAUGGUGACGUUAAAGUGCUUAUCGCUGUGCGUGCGGAGGUUCACAACCAGGAAGAUUAAGGAGGACUGACCAGUAGGGGCGGAGCCUAGAGGCAACAACAGAUAUCCACAUUUAUUUUACAUUUCCUAAAAUGUUGUGUAUUCAAAUUGUGUAUCUCAACUUUUCCUAAUAAACACCUGGAGGACAGGCAGCUGUCCCUCUUGUUCUGUCCCACCACCAGCA